AUGAAAUCAUCUCCGUCGGCAUUGUAUUCUUUCCACCCUUGUAUCAACAUCAUGACUACUGAAAGGACAUUUACCCUGCCCGAUGGGCAGCAGGUCUAUUCUAAGACAUGGAAGCCUGAUAGCGCUCCCCGGGCAGUCAUUGUCUUCAUCCAUGGAUUCAGCGAUCAUUGCAAUGCCUACUACGACCUCUUUCCAAGUCUAGCCUCGUCCGGUUUCGAGGUGAGAGCCUUCGAUCAGCGAGGCUGGGGCCGCACGGUUAAAACCAAAAAAGACCGCGGCAAAACCGGUGACACCGCUCAAGUGCUCUCGGACAUGCACUCGUUCAUAACCAGCACCGCAGCCUACGCGCAAGAAAUCAAUAUUCCCCUCUUUCUCGUAGGCCACAGCAUGGGCGGCGGCCAAGCACUCACCUACCUCUUGCACCCGGAGUCACCCUACCAUAGCGCCACCAAGCCCACUUUAGCCGGCGUGCUCGUCUGGUCUCCGCUCAUCACCCUGGAUCCAUCCUCCCAGCCGUGGAAGAUCACAAUCAUAGCAGGUAGAAUCGCAGCCCGCAUCUUGCCGCGAUUGCAGCGGUAUUCGCCGCUCGAUCCGCGCCUGAUCUCACGCAAUGAGACUGUGAUUAAGAAUUUCGAGACGGAUGAGCUCUGUCAUGAUACUGGGACUUUGCAGGGAUUGAAAGGCAUGUUGGAUCGGGGGUUGUGGCUGGAUGAGGCUGGGGUGGAGCUUUAUGAGAAAGCUGGAUGUGUGCCCUUGUGGCUUGGACAUGGGGUCGAGGAUAAGAUUACUAAUUUCGAGGCAACGAAGGCGUUGGCAAAGAGGCUUGCGGGCAAGGGAGAUGUUACGUUUGUUGAGUAUGAGGGUGCUUAUCACACUUUGCAUGCUGAGUUGCCGGAGACAACGGCCAAGUUUACGAAGGACAUUUCGAAUUGGUUGUUGGCCAAGUGUCCUGCUCCAGUAUCGGGCGAAUCCAUCACUGGCUUGGGAGAGAGCAAUGCGAAUUCGGAGCAGAAGGACGCGGCCGAUCCGAACAAGACUGAAACCGAGGCAAGCAAGGCGAAGCUGUGA